GCCUGUCCGGAAAAAACAUCCCUCAGCGUAGCCAGAGCUACAUUUAAUCCACGCUGUUGACAGCCCGCGCGUCGACAGGGAUGGACUUUUCUGCACGCCGGGAGGACUGGCGUGCGCAGAGGAAGGGAGGGGCUGAGGGCUGGGGGAGGAGAUCGGAAGGGAAGAGGUAAUCCCCGGCGUUUUGAGCAUCCCCUUUUUAGAAAGACUGAGUCUCUCCCAGGACAGCUGCUGCGGUCACACCACAAACUUAAAAGCUGCCCUCCCGCUCUGAGCGUGCCUUUCCUCACCGCCCUCGCCUCCUCAGAGCUCCAGCUGGUGCCUGGCUCCGCGCCGCUCGAGCAAGACGCUCGGGGGUCAGCAGCGCCCCCUGCCUCCCAGCCUGGUCGCUGCGAACGCAGCCUCCGCGCUUCGCCAGGGCCGCCGGCGGCUCCGCGGCACAGCCAGGGCUGCCGCUCACAGGAGGUCGCGCCGGUGCCCGGGGUAGCCGCGUCGCUCGCCCACAGCCCGCAUCCCCUUCCUCUCUCUCUGAAAAGAUAUUGGGCAAAGAGAGAGGGAGAGAAGAGUCUGCGGCAGAGUCGUGGUCAUCAUCUGAGUGGUGAAGUUGCUUGUAUCCUAUACAUACAGACAGAUAACAGCUGUUUCCCAGGACGGAGCCUCACUCCAUACCAGGUUAAAUUCGCACCAUUUGAAAGAGAACAUUGUUUUCAUCAUGAAUGUUAAUAAAGAUGAGAGACUAAAGUCCAGAAGCCACUAUUUUUGCCUUUUUCAUGCCUUGAUGAUGCUAAGCAUGACCACGCUGUUUCUUCCAGUCAUUGGAACUUCUAAGCAAAAUAUUCCACGACUCAAGCUAACCUACAAAGACUUGCUGCUUUCAAAUAGCUGCAUUCCCUUUUUGGGCUCAUCAGAAGGACUGGACUUCCAAACCAUUCUAUUAGAUGAGGAGAGGGGCAGGCUGCUCCUGGGAGCCAAGGACCACAUCUUCCUGCUCAGUCUGGUUGACUUGAACAAAAAUUUUAAGAAGAUUUAUUGGCCUGCUGCAAAGGAACGGGUGGAACUAUGUAAAUUAGCUGGGAAAGAUGCCAAUACUGAAUGUGCAAAUUUCAUCCGAGUACUUCAACCCUAUAACAAAACUCAUGUUUACGUGUGUGGAACUGGAGCAUUUCAUCCCAUAUGUGGAUAUAUUGAUCUUGGAGUCUACAAGGAGGAAGUUAUUUUCAAACUGGACACACAUAAUCUGGAGUCUGGCCGUCUGAAAUGUCCUUUUGAUCCUCAACAACCUUUCGCUUCCGUAAUGACAGAUGAGUACCUGUACUCUGGAACAGCUUCUGAUUUCCUUGGCAAGGAUACUGCGUUCACACGGUCCCUUGGGCCUACUCACGACCACCAUUACAUCAGAACGGACAUCUCCGAGCACCACUGGCUCAAUGGAGCGAAAUUUAUUGGAACUUUUCCCAUUCCAGACACUUAUAAUCCAGAUGAUGAUAAAAUAUAUUUCUUCUUUCGUGAAUCAUCUCAAGAAAGCAGUACUUCUGAUAAGACCAUCCUUUCUCGAGUUGGAAGAGUUUGUAAGAAUGAUAUAGGAGGACAACGCAGCCUGAUAAACAAAUGGACCACUUUUCUCAAGGCCAGAUUGAUUUGCUCAAUUCCUGGAAGUGAUGGGGCAGACACUCAUUUUGAUGAGCUUCAGGACAUUUACUUACUCCCCACAAGAGAUGAAAGAAAUCCUGUGGUCUAUGGAGUCUUUACCACAACCAGCUCCAUCUUCAAAGGCUCUGCUGUGUGUGUGUAUAGCAUGGCUGACAUCAGAGCAGUCUUCAAUGGUCCAUAUGCUCAUAAGGAAAGCGCAGACCAUCGCUGGGUGCAGUAUGAUGGAAGAAUCCCGUACCCCCGACCUGGCACAUGUCCAAGCAAAACCUAUGACCCACUGAUUAAGUCCACCCGAGAUUUCCCAGAUGAUGUCAUCAGUUUCAUAAAGCGGCACCCUGUGAUGUAUAAAUCAGUCUAUCCAGUUGUGGGAGGACCAACGUUCAAGCGCAUCAAUGUGGAUUACAGACUGACACAGAUUGUGGUGGAUCACGUUGUCGCAGAAGAUGGCCAGUAUGACGUAAUGUUUCUUGGAACAGACAUUGGAACAGUCCUGAAAGUGGUCAGCAUUUCGAAGGAGAAGUGGAAUAUGGAAGAGGUAGUACUGGAGGAGUUACAGGUCUUCAAGCAUUCAUCAAUCAUCUUGAACAUGGAGUUGUCUCUGAAGCAGCAACAAUUGUACAUCGGGUCCCGGGAUGGAUUGGUUCAGCUCUCCUUGCACAGGUGCGGCACUUACGGCAAAGCCUGCGCAGACUGCUGUCUUGCCAGGGACCCCUACUGUGCCUGGGACGGAAGCGCAUGUUCGCGAUACGCACCCACUUCAAAAAGGCGAGCUAGACGCCAAGACGUGAAGUAUGGGGACCCAAUCACCCAGUGCUGGGACAUAGAAGACAGCAUUAGUCAUGAAGCUGCUGAUGAAAAGGUGAUUUUUGGCAUUGAAUUUAAUUCAACCUUUCUGGAAUGUAUACCUAAAUCCCAACAAGCAUCUAUUAAGUGGUAUAUCCAGCGGUCAGGAGAUGAACAUCGGGAGGAGGACAGAUUCUUAAAUGAAAAAAAGUUGAAACCCGAUGAAAGGAUCAUCAAAACAGAAUAUGGGCUACUGAUUCGAAGUUUGCAGAAGAAGGACUCUGGGAUGUAUUACUGCAAAGCACAGGAGCACACUUUUAUCCACACCGUAGUGAAGCUGACUUUGAACGUCAUUGAGAAUGAACAGAUGGAAAAUACCCAGAGGGCAGAGCACGAGGAGGGGCGGGUCAAGGACCUCUUGGCUGAGUCACGGUUAAGAUACAAAGACUACAUCCAAAUCCUUAGCAGCCCAAACUUCAGCCUCGACCAGUACUGUGAACAGAUGUGGCACAGGGAGAAGCGGAGACAACGAAACAAGGGCGGCCCCAAGUGGAAGCACAUGCAGGAAAUGAAGAAGAAACGGAAUCGAAGACACCACAGAGACCCGGACGAGCUUCCUAGAGCAGUGGCCACGUAGUUUCUAUUUAAUUUAAAGAAAAGAAUUUUUUGCCUGCGGAAACACUGUCUCUGUUUCGUAAUCCUUAUGCUAACUCUUAAGAGCUUUCCAUGGAGUUUUGCCAAAGCACAAGAACAUGACCUGAAUAAGGUCCUGGACGGUGGAUACGGCACUUGAGGACAAACCAUUCAUCUGAACCAGUUUCAAGAUCUGAAAUUACACUGCCGUGUCAGAACUGGCCUCAAAACAGGGGCUUCCCGUUUGCAGAUGUUUUAUUUUCUGAGUUUUGAAUUUAUUAUGUCAUGCAAACAACUGAGCUAGGGAAGCAUGGGAUCUGGUUACUAUAAGAAGGCGCUUUGUUUCCCUCUCACGGCCUUUAAGCAUGGAGUUUACCAUGCAGUUGUGCUGCAUGUUCUUAUGAACAGAUAUGUCAUUCCACUCUAGAACUGGCUACUUGGUGGUAGGGAUGGGAAGGAAGACACAAAUUCAUACAGCUCACAUUCUCAACAGGAGCUUUUCCAGUGAGCCAUUCACUCUGAGUGCAUGGUUUAGGAAUUUGGAGAGGUGCAUUAUUUCUUUCAGACCCCAGGGGUUACAUUUAGUGUCCUGCAGCAUUAAUUUACUGAAGGGCAUAAAUGCUCCUCCCAGGAUUCCUUAUGAUUUGUCAGGAGUCACAGGUUCACAGAGAGAAGCUGGUGCUCAGUUAUGUCUUUAGGAUAUAUGCUGAGUUUUACAGGGACAGAAUGCUUAAUAAAUAUUUUAAUAGGCUAUGGGAAAACAUUUUAGUAAAAUAAGGGAAACAUCAUGAUGUAGACUGCAUCCUAAUGGGAAGGCCUGCAGUGGGGAUUUGUUUAGAGAUAGAAGGAAAGACAGCCAUAAAUUCUGGCUUUGGGGAAAACUCAUAUCCCCAUAAAAAGGAGGAAAAAUCACAAAUACAGUGGGUGAAGUGUAAUGUAGCUUUAUCCACUAGAGUAUAUAAGUAGUUGCCAAUUUGUAAUCCAUCUGUUUGAAAAAUUCUAGGCUAUAUAACAAACUGCUAGCAAAAGUCUGAGGGAAAGUAAAUUUUCUGAAGGAUCAUGGGAAGAAUGAACACAAAUUUAUUUAUAACUAAUGGGGUUUUGGUGUGCACUUCCUCUCUUUUUUCUAAAAAUUCAUCAUACUCUAUAAAUUAUUUCUAUUUACUGCCUGUAUUCUCUCCUGACUAUUGGAUUAUUAGAUUUUAUUUGAGUGAAUAGGAAAAAACAAUAUAUACAUACGUAGAGAGAUAGACUUAGUUAGACAACAGUGGUGGGAGCGGGGUACUAUGUAUUUGUUGAAUAACAGAACAAAUGCAAAAAUUCUGACAACGGAAAGGGUUAAAUUAACUCUUUGACAUCUUUUCACAAAAUCUUGCAUUUCUGAGGUUACAUGCUGUAAUUCAAGUAGCAUUGUUUUAGUAACUUAAUAAAUAAGCCUUAAAUAAGCCUACUUCAUGUAAAAAAAACAAGCAACAUUAACAUAAACAUUUUUCAUAUUUUGUUAGCACUUUCAAAUGUUUCCAAUUUGGCCUUCCCUCUAAAUAUGUAUGGUGUGUUUCCUGCCUGUUCAAAGCAGGACUCACCUUUCCUUCAUAUAACACAAAACCCUUAGCCUUCUUCUGUUUUGCCUUUUCACGCUCUUUUUAGUGUGAAAUGAAAAAUUAGUCACUUCCUCACAUGGAAGGCAGCUUUUCAGAAAACUAAAUAGCAGACACUGCUCGUUUCUCAUGCAUUCUACGCAUCUUGAAAGUAAAGCCUGUGAGAACCCAUCUGAUUAGAGGGCAACUUACUAUAGAGUUCGGCAUCAUGUCUGUGACUGGCUUUACGUUCAAAACAUUCUAUCUUAACAUUCCUUUUACUUGCAAUGCUUACCUAUCUCAAAGUAGUCACUGAUACAUGAGGUUAAGUCAUCUUUUGAUACAAUACUCAUAAAUAUUUGUAGAUGUUUUACUAUAAGGAAAACUUAGGAAGGUAGGUUUUUCAAAAAGUGAACCAGAACAAAUCACUCUUAAAAAGUAAUCCAUAAGGACAGUUAUUAUACUAUCAGACUGUUAAGUGAAUACCGUAACAAGACUGUUUGUAACUAUUCAUUUGCUGGCUUAAAAUGUUCCAGGAACUCAUAAGAUGCUCUAAGUAUGUAAGUAGGAACUUGUUUUAUUUUUAAAGGAUUUCCAACUAUUUGUAUAUCAGACAGUAAUGAUCAAAUUAUGGAUAGCUUUGGGAAAAUUACACGAAGCUCAAAUGUUAGGAUUGACUUGUGAAAAUAAAUUUGGUUUUCAUCAAAAUAUGAAUGUCCAAGCCAUUUUUAAUUAAUUCUUUCUAAUCUUAGCUAUUCAGAAAAAAUUAAGGGCAACUUAUUUUACUGUACUGCUAACAUUCUGGCUGUUUUGGAUCUAAAACUAUUAAUUUAUGAUAAUUACUUUAAAAAUAUUUGAAAUAUUUUUAGUGAAAUAAAUAGUCAUAUAAUAAAAACAUGUGGGCAAAGAUUUAUGUGUAUUUAUAAAGAUAGAAGACAUCAAAGCUACGUUUAAUUUAAUCUUUUAAUUGCCUAGAACACUAAGAGGAACAGUGUGAAUAUAUUCAAUCUAGAGAUAAGACACAAUACAUAGUUCCUCACCACUGAAGGUUUUUUCUAAAUUUUCUUUGAAAUAAUGAAAAAUAAGAUUAUAGUUAAUAGUUUCAAAUAUGUUUGCUAAGAAAUCAGCUCUUUAUGGAGAGGUCUUAAAAGGUCUAUGUUUAUUCUUGGUUUCAUGUUUUUCUCCCAUUUUGAAUACAUAUAUCUCUGACUUACAUAUUCUCCCCUGCAUUUCAUUCCAGUUGUUUAUGCUGCUGAAUGGAAUCCUGACUGUCUGCAUUCGUUUACAUUCAAUUUAUUGGGAAUUUUAAGGGUUUGUUUAGAAAUGGAUCAUCUAAAUAAUUUAUGUAGAACCCAUUUCUUCCCCACCCCCUGCAAAGAGUUCAAAACACUACAUUCACAUUAUUGAAUAAACAUUUUUGAAAACCAACCAGAUUACUUAAGAAAUGGAAAAUACAGAGAAAUUUAGAAAUUUGCAAAAGCCACAACAGUAGUAGAAGAAUUGUAAUUCACACUGUACCUCAUCAGUCUGCUGGCUAAGUAAUGCUUAUUUAUAAUAUGCUGCCUGCAAAAUGGUCUUACUCUUGAAUAUAUUUUUUGGUCUAUGUUUCGGUUCUUUAUAUGCUAUUAACUUUUGUUCCUGCUGAAUUGUAUAGACUCAGCUAAAAAAUAAGUUUACAGUUGCCAGGGCCUGUUUUUCAACUUGAUCAAAAUUAAAUUUUCAAGGACAAUUUGAUAUCAUCCAGGUGUCUACAAUAUAUUAAAUUGAACAAGAGCAUUAAUUAAACACUGAUGUUUUAAACUCAAAUAUGAUAUAUUUUAUAUAUAUUAUAAAUACAAGUGGAAAUCAAAACUGAAGUAGCUUCCCUUUACAAUGUUACAUUUGUCUUGGACAACAUGUUGGAAUUCAUUAGCCUUAUUGGGAAGGGAUAGUUUAGAAAAAAAAAUUUGAAAUGUUUUUAUAGAAAUAUUUUUUCUCACAGUAAAUGACCACAAUAUUGAAAAAAUUUAACUUUCAACUGAGG